AUGCUUUCCAUUCAGCAGAGAUAUAAUAUCUGUCUUAUGGCAGAAAGGCAUCCAAAGUGGACGCAACUCGAAUUGGCAAAAUGGGCAUAUGAGACGUUUCAGCUGCCAAAAAUCCCAUCUCAAGGUACCAUAUCGCGUUUACUGGCUAGAAAAUCUACGUACAUGAACUGUAAGGAGCACGAGAAGGAUGCAAAUAGAUUAAGAAAGCCAAAUAACCUUUUGGUCCGGAAAAUAUUGCAAGAAUGGAUCUCCCAAAGUUUGUGGAAUGGCAUUCCUAUUACCUCGCCUAUUAUUCAAGACACUGCACAAGCAGUUUGGCACAGAAUUCCCGCGGAGCAUCGAGAAGGAAAUGGUUCUUUUAGCUAUAAAUGGAUUUCGAAUUUUUUAUCAAAAAUGGAUGUCAAUAUCUCUGUCUUAGAUGAGGAAUUACCUAAGACCCCUAAGGUAUGGACAUUUGAAGAAAGGGAUGUAUUAAAAGCUUACUUUGCCAAAAUUCCUUCAAAGGAUUUGUUCACUUUAGACGAAGCGUUUCUCUCUUAUAACUUACCAUUGGACUAUGCUCAAUACGAAGCAAGUAGCAUUCAAAGACGUAUAGAGGUCGCAACUGUAAUGCUCUGUUCUAAUUUAGAUGGGUCGGAGAAAUUAAAACCCGUCGUUGUAGGAAAAUACGAUAGUUAUAAAUCGUUCAGAAAUUACUUUCCCAACGAACCAAAAGAUCCUGUCUCACAAUCGAUGUUAGGUUCCAAGAUGGCCAAGAAAUUCGACAUUUCUUAUCAUAGUAAUAGGAAAGCGUGGCUAACCAGUAAUCUCUUUCACAAUUGGUUAGUCAGGUGGGAUAAGAGGUUGGUAGCAGUGAAUAGGAAGAUUUGGAUUGUUUUGGACGAUUCAUGUUGUCAUAGAAUAAUCAAUUUGCGUUUGCAAAAUAUAAAGCUUGUAUACACUUCCUCCAACUCAAAGUUUUUGCCGUUUAACUGGGGUGUUUGGGACGAGUUUAAAACGAGGUACAGAAUUCAACAAUAUGAGGCGCUCAUUGACUUGCAAAAUAGAAUUUCAAAAAACGCUCAGAAUAAAACUAAAUCUGAGCAAAACGAAUGCUUAUCUGAUGGCAAAAAAUACCUUAUCAGUUUCGAACAGAGUCAGCUGACAAUGUCAAAUGCGUUCAAGUUUAUAAAGAAAGCAUGGGACGAUAUACCUGUUGAUGCCAUCAAAGCCAACUGGAAAAGCUCCGGUCUGUUACCUCCUGAAAUGAUCCAUUUAAACGAGAAUGUCAGUAUGGCUUUCAAAAAAAACGAAGUUCUAGAGAGCAUCUUGAAUAGAUUGUGUGACGAAUACUAUUGUGUUAAAAAAUGGGAAUAUGAGAUGCUCUUGGAUCUGAACAUUGAAAACAAAAACACGAAUUUUUUGAGCACUGAAGAACUAGUAGAAAGUGCUAUUGUGGACCCUUGUGAACCUGAUUUUGAUACAGCCUCAAAAGUUGAUGAGGUUCAUGAUGACAAUUUUGAUUUGUCGGUUUUCACCAAUGGAGAUGAAGGUAGUCACAACCAGCUAGGUGUAUCAAACUCUAAUCACGACGACAAUCACAACAACAGUAAGAGGAAUGCUAGUAAUGACAGCAACAAUAAUAACAACGAUAAUAAUACUAAUAAUAGUAGUAAUAAUAAUAUUAAUAACAGUAAUAACAGUAGUAAUGAUGCAAAAUAUCUCCUGCAGAAUUCAGUUGAAAACAAUAAUAAAAAUGGCAGUUCUGGACAGCCGAAUGCCUCUAGCAUGGAACCACAAAGGAACCAUUCAAGUGCAGGCUUAGUUGUUGACAGUAAUUAUGAAGUCAAUUUCAACGGUCUUUUGAACGACCCAUACAAUGCAAUGAGACAACCAGGUCCACUCGACUAUAAUGUCAGUACACUGAUCGAUAAGCCAAACUUAUUUUUAAGUCCAGAUUUGGAUCUAUCCGCUGUCGGUGUAGAUAUGCAACUACCACCAUCAGAAUAUUUCAGCGACGUAUUUUCUUCAGCUAUUCGAAAUAACGAUAAAAAUAACUCGGAUCAGAAUAAAUCAGCCAAUGAAGCUCCUUCAAGUACUACCAUGACGAAUUCAAACUCAAUUACAACGGCACUUUUAGAAUCAAGAAAUCGAUCUCAGACUUUCGAUGUUCCACAUAUGAAUGGUUUGUUGAGUGAUACAUCUAAGGGUGGACAUUCUACCGCCUCCUCAAACGUCGUGUCUCAAAACUCUUUAAACGGCUUUCAACAUAACCCAUCAUCUGUUGCUGAAGUUUCCUCUCCUUCAAUUACGCCCUCCCCAGUAACAAUUCACUCCACAGGGGCACCAGCUAGAUCUAUGAUACCAGCUCCGAUGGGUUCAACUUCCUCCGUUUCAUCACCAUCUGGUUUGGAACAUCUUGAAGGUGCCGUUUCUGGUAUGUCACCCACUUCAACCACAAUAUUAAGUAACUUACAAACAAAUAUAAAUAUUGCCAAAUCAUUGAGUACCAUAAUGAAGCACGCAGAAUCAAACGUAAUAUCACUGACAAAAGAAACAAUAAAUGAGCUCAACUACAAUUAUAUGACACUUUUAAAACGAAUUAAGAAAACUAAAAAACAAUUAAACAGCAAAAGCAUCAAAAUAAACAGCAGCAAAAAUGCUCAAGACCAUUUAGAAACUCUCCUAUCUGGGGCGGCGGCGGCGGCCGCAACCUCAGCCAAUAACCUGGACCUCCCGGUCGGUGAUUCAACCCUUCCGGACUCUAAUAACUUACAUAUACAUGAUAGUACAGGUUUCUUUUAG